AUGCCAGCAUCCACUGAUCCGCUUGACGAAGAUAUCCGGGACCCGGUUACGGUCCAGGCCAGAGUGGCAAUCGUGCAGGAUUUGUGGCCAGGUCGAGUAACGCUGGCAUCGAAGGAACUUCAGCUCGUAUGGGGUGCAUACUUUGAACAUUACACUCGCAGUUGUGAAACAGUCUUCUCAGAACAAUACUUCCGCAAAAUCGUGAUAAAGCACGGAGACAUUUUACAAUUCAUACACCUGCUAGAAGGAACAGCUGACAGAGGAAAGAUCAGAAAACUACCUCAGGAUAAGACGAAGGGGUCAGAGGUAGUAAGGAAGAUAUUUUCAGCAAGGAGAUAUCAGAUUUUGGAUUAUGACGAACCAAUGGACGGUUUGAUCAAUUUGGGUGCUCGUAUCCUCACAAUGUCCGUGGUUGGGCAGACUGCGUCAUCCCAAAAGUUACGUUCGACGUGUAUCUUACCUUGGAAUACAGGCUCGCUCCAGAGCGCAGUGCACAGCUAUUUCAACCAACCACCAGACAUACCACUCGAGGCCAAGGAUGAAUUCAUCGGAGUGGGUCUGACCUUUUACAAUAUUGAGCGAGUGGCGGGGAUCAAGAUAAUACCAACGGAUAACUUGCUCGAUCAUUUGCUUCUUGUCGAGGAAGAUAGAAAGCUGUGUGUAUUCCACCAUGCAUCGUUUCUAAAACGAAUGCUAGCUACUCAAAGUCCACUCUUUCCAGAUGGUCUCAUACACGAGACCCUAAAUACACUCGCCAUUCUGCUGCCAGAGCCGGAUCGCAGUACGAAGCGUUGGAUGUUGCAUUUCUGCCGAGCGCACGCGCGGAUAACAGUGGAUUCCGAACUGGCAAAAUGCGGCCACUUUCCAAUCAGGCAUCCGUCCAGACGCUAUGAGCAACUCCGGUUCUGGCGCGAUCGACUAAUCGUGCUGGAGGAAGUGGUGGAGGAUGCCAUGCCACCAUCCAGUCAACUGCUGUCCAGCCUGCAAAAGUCCAAUCAGCAAUUAUCCAACUCACUACUCAAGGCGAUGAACAGUAAAAGUGAUCGGUGGAUCAAUUCAUGGUUUGCGAUUGUGGCGAUAGCAGUUACUCUCUUCUUCGGGCUGGUACAGAGCAUAGAGGGCGCCAUGCAGCUAUACAAAGCGUACCAUCCAGAAGAGGAGUCGUCAUAA